AUGGUCCUCGAGUGGAUGGACCGCGGUGACCUCAAGAAUGUGCUGGAGAAGACCAAGCCAACGGUGGCCGGCGGCGUCUCGGCGACGUUUCCGUGGCAAGAAAAGUUCCAGACGAUGCUCGCGAUCGCCGACGGUCUUGUGUAUUUGCACUCGCUCGACGUCAUCCACCGCGAUCUCAAGUCCCGCAACGUGCUCAUGGACUCGCAAAAGGGUACCAAGCUCACGGACUUUGGCGCGUCGCGCGAAGUGACGACCGAGACCAUGACGAUCGGUGUCGGCACCUACCGCUGGAUGGCGCCCGAGAUCCUCCAGGACAACCACUACACGACGGCGGCCGACAUUUACUCGUUCGGGAUGUUCAACAUCCCGAGCUGGCCGGUAGCCUUGCUGCUUGGCGCGGAUUGGCUCAUGGACAUGGCCCGCACGUUCACCAACGUCCUUGGCAACUGCCUCGCGUCCGUCGUCAUGGCCAAGCUCGAAGGCGAGUUCCGCAAGGACGGCUGGGAGAAGAACUUGGCGUCCGAGGGCGACGACGAGAGUGAGGCGAGCGCCGCCAAGGACCACGUCAAGGUGCUCGAAGACGGGCUGCACUAAGCCAUUUUGGACCAUGUAUGUCAAAGCUAUAUAACGUGAUGAAUGAUGCCUUUGCUUUAC